AUGGAGCGCCAACGGAAAAGGGAGCUUCGCGACCUAAACGAGCGUGCUUGGGCAGGCGAAUCUGACGUCUUUUCCACAAGCAAAUCACUCGAUUCCGCUCUCAAAAAGAACACCGCCUUCAUCAAACGUUUACGCACCGGCAUCAGUGCCUCUGCCCUUUCCACCUUCCUCGCCGACAUCCGCACUCUGUCACUCCACAAAUACCUUUCCGAAAUCAUCUCCGCCUGCUACGAAGGCCUCUGCAAGCUUAAAUCCCCCGGAGAAAUUGCCGCUGGAGUGGAGGUUGUCAGUGCACUUCACCAACGUUUCGGCCCAUGGGAGUUUACGCGGCAAAUUGGCUGGCUGCUCGGCCGGGGAUUAAGCACACCGGAUAAAGCGCAGCUCAAGGCACUGAGCCAGGAAAUCCGCGAACGCGAAGAGAAAGAUCGUCUGUCUCGGCAUCGUGUUCUUCUCCGCGUUGUCACGGAGCUUUGGCUAGUCAAUGUGCUGAAGACGCUCGAUGAUGUUGAGCGACCCGAGGAUUUGGGCGCGAAGGUUAAGGAGGGAGCCGUUGGCAUAGGCAGCAAACCGUCGGAAACCCCAUUGAAAGCCAAAAGUCCCUCUGUGGGCGUGAAGGACCAAGACAAGCAGGCUGAGCCAUUCCCAUUGGAGGUUCUGAAGGAAUUGCUCGGUCAUGACCGUGACCACACGAACUUACCUCUUGCAGUCUUGUUUGUGAAGAGCUUUAGUUGGGAUAUCGUUGGAUCGAAGCUUGCUGAGGAUGGCAGGAAGACCGUUGAGGCCGAUGGUGCUACGACUUCGGGCGCGGAUGCCCAGCCUACAGAGAUCAAUGGGGAUGUCAAUACGGAGGCCGAUCUGCCUCUGACUCCAGAGAAAACACAACAGCGGUUUAGAAAUAUUUUGAAUCGGUACCUUGAAGAUGUCAAGGCUCACGUGGUCCGAGAUCAGAGAGCGCUGGCCCAGCAAAAUCGCCGCAAUGCCGAAGCUUACGUGAAAAGCGGCGAAAUCUUCGAGGACCGCCAGGCUAACUUCGAAAAGCAAUCCAAGGUCCUGGAGAAACUUGUGGCCAAUACCCAGGUACUGUGCGAGGCUCUAGGAACCGAGAUGCCCGAUCUAGCCGAGAAGGAGCCUACCGAUGCUUCAGCCAGUGGUGGUAUUGGUCUUGUAAAGACCACUGAUUACCUGCGAGGCCAGGGUGAAGGUGCCGGAAUCUGGGAAGACGAAGAAGAAAGACGAUUUUACGAAAAUCUCGUUGAUCUCAAGGGCAAGGUGCCCGCGGUCUUGCUUGAGGAUGGCAAAAAGAAAAAGACCGAAGCUGAGGAGUCAGGUAAGAAGAAGCCAGAUGGCGAGACCACUGACUCUGCCGAGCCCUUGGAUGAGAAGUCCGCGGCAGAGGCAGAUGACCAGUCUACCGCCAUUGCCAGCAAGACCGUGGGUGCACAGGUAGAGUCUCUGCUUGCCAAGCUGCCCGAGUUACAAACCAAAGACCAGGUCGACCAGUUUGCUCUGGAUUUCUGCUGGGUUAACUCUAAAGCAUCACGGAACAGACUAGUCAAAGCCGUGUCCGACAUUCCCAAGGGCCGCAUUGAUCUUUUACCUUUGUAUUCUCGCUUGGUGGCAACGCUUGGACAGUAUCUGCCAGACAUUCCACAGGGACUGACCACGUACCUCGAUGAAGAGUUCCGAAGUCUACAGCGGCGCAAGUCCAAGGAAUUCCUCGGCCAAGUACGCAUGAGCAACGUUCGUUACUUGGCUGAAUUAACCAAGUUUGGUGUGGUUCCGGAGCAUAUCAUCUUCCAUUGUUUCAAGGUUUCGCUGGACGAAUUUUCACGCAUGAAUAUUGAAAUCAUUGGUCAUUUGCUAGAAAAUUGUGGCCGUUACCUGUUGCGUAACCCCGAAACAUCGCCGCGGAUGGCCUCUUUCCUCGAGACCUUAAGUCGCAAGAAGACCGUGCAACAUUUGGCCCAGCAGGAGCGAAUGGUCAUUGAAAACGCCAUCUAUUAUGUCGACCCACCUCCGCGCCCAGCUAUCCAGCAAAAGGAACGUACACCCAUGGAGCAGUAUAUCCGCCGGCUAAUCUACCUGGAUAUGAACAAGCGGAACUACACCAAGAUUUUGAAGUCCAUUCGCAAACUUCAUUGGGAGGAGCAGGAGGUUGUUGGGAUUUUGGAACGUGUGUUCAGCAAACCGGUCAAAGUGAAAUAUGGCAGCAUUCACCUAUUGGCAAUUCUUGUCAGUGCUUUGUACCGGUAUCACCAGGAAUUCGUCAUCGGCAUCGUGGACAAUGUUCUUGAGCAGGUCACGCUCGGCCUCGAGCAGAACGACUUCAAGUUUAACCAGAAGCGCAUUGCGGAAAUCAAAUAUCUAGGCGAACUCUAUAACUACAAGAUGAUUGAUUCCCCGGUCAUUUUUGAUACCUUGUACCGCAUUAUCACCUUCGGCCAUGAAGGUGGUACCCCGGUUCCCGGAAAGAUCAGCAUGCUGGACUUGCCAGACGAUUACUUCCGCCUGCGCUUGGCCUGUACGCUUCUUGAUACUUGUGGCCACUGUUUCGACCGUGGCUCGGCCAAGAAAAAAUUGGAUUUCUUCCUUGCGUUCUUCCAGUACUACUUGUUUACUAAGGAUCCCUUACCCAUGGAUGUCGACUUCCUUGUCCAGGAUACUUACCACUCUAUUCGCCCACAAUGGAAAAUUGCUACGGAGGCUGAAGAAGCGACCCGCAUUUUCAGUGAAGCUGUGGCUCAGAACUACAACGUGCAGGAUUCCGAGCGACCCAUUGAAGCCGAUGAAGAAGACGCAGAAAGCAGCUCAUCUGAUGAGGAUCUCGAGGAAGAUGCGAUUCCCGAGAUUGACGAAGACCAGGAAUCUAGCGACGAGGCCGAAGUAGGUCCCCCAUCCCAUCUACAUGAAGUACGCCCCAUUAACCCAUUUACCCUAUCGAAGGCGUCUGGACCCAAUCCCGAGGCAAAUGAUGAAAGCGAAAGCGAGUCCGAGGACGAACAGAUCAUUGUCACCCGACAGGAAGAGGAGCGAGAUCCAGCAACCGAGGCUGAAUUUGAUCGUGAAUUCGAGAAAAUGAUGGCCGAGAGCAUGGACUCGAGACGGUUCGAACGCAAGACUGUGUUCGAUAUUCCCUUACCUAUGAAACGCCCUCGCGAAAACAUGCCCAUUGAUUCCAGCCCUGAGCCAGUCCCGGCUCAACCAGUUGCCCCGAAGACAAUGGCUUUCUCUCUUAUGACAAAGAAGGGAAACAAGCAACAGACCCGCACUAUCGAUCUCCCGUCGGACUCGACCUUUGCCAUUGCCAUGCGGAGCCAGCAACAAGCCGACCGGGAAGAGCAGCAACGCAUUAAGAACCUGGUCCUGAACUACGAGGCGUCAACCGAGCCCGAACCAACCGAGAGUGAGCAAUAUCCCCUACCCAACAUCAACCGGAAGAACUUCGAACUGAAGGACCGAAAAGCAGACACCCAGGAAAAGCGUACCCCCGCGAGCCAGCGGAUGGACAAGGCCGGCGCGAACCGGUCUGCAUUCCGUUCCCGCAAACUCCAACUCAGUGACGUCAAUUGGUAA